GAAGACAACGACGACAACAACGAUGGUAGACAAUGAGUAGUGAUUAUAGUAAUAAUAGUAACUGUAGUAAUAAUAAUAGUAAUAAUAAUAAUAACAAUAAUAUCAGUAAUAUUAGCAGUGGGAGUCAAGCAGUACCAUGGCAGGAGGCUCCACCAGGAUCCAUGAGAAGCUGCAAGACGAGAAAGCACAAGAACUCCGAGGAAGAAGUGAAGUGUCCACUGUGGCUGCACGGCUGUACACUUUCUGAUGGUUAAAGAAAACAUUAAGAGCCCACUCAGAAAUAGUGACUUUAGAAAUAUGCCAAGUAAAGUACUGGGCACGGGUUGCCUGGAGACGGCGGAAACGUUUGGGAGCAGCGAUGGAGAAAUAUGAGAAAAUCAAAGUUGUCGGAAGAGGAGCUUUCGGGAUCGUUCACUUGUGCCGCAGGCGCAGCGAUGGGGCCUUUGUCAUCCUGAAGGAAAUCCCAGUGGAGCAGAUGUCACGAGACGAACGCCUGGCAGCUCAGAACGAGUGUCAGGUCCUGAAACUGCUCAACCAUCCAAAUAUUAUAGAGUACUAUGAGAACUUCCUGGAAGACAAGGCCCUCAUGAUAGCUAUGGAGUAUGCGCCAGGUGGAACCUUGGCUGAUUACAUACAGAAACGCUGUAACUCUCUGCUGGACGAGGACACCAUCCUUCACUUCUUUGUACAGAUCCUACUUGCCCUGUAUCACGUCCACAACAAACUUAUUUUACACAGAGACCUUAAGACACAGAAUAUUCUUCUUGACAAACACCAGAUGAUUGUCAAAAUUGGUGAUUUUGGCAUCUCCAAAAUCCUUGUCAGCAAGAGCAAAGCUUACACUGUGGUCGGGACCCCAUGCUACAUCUCCCCAGAGCUGUGUGAGGGAAAGCCCUAUAACCAGAAGAGUGACAUCUGGGCUCUGGGCUGUGUGCUCUAUGAACUGGCGAGCCUUAAGAGGGCCUUCGAGGCGGCUAAUCUACCCGCCCUCGUUCUUAAGAUCAUGAGUGGGACAUUUGCUCCAAUUUCAGACCGCUACAGCCCCGAGCUCCGACAGCUCAUCCUCAACAUGCUCAAUCUGGAUCCAUCCAAACGGCCUCAACUCAAUGAAAUAAUGGCUCUUCCCAUAUGCAUCAGGCCCUUGCUUAACCUCUACACUGAUAUAGGCAAUGUCAAAAUGCGCAGGAUUGAGAAACCACUGUCUACUGUGCAAACCGGUACUCAAGGUAGACCUGGAGGGAGAGUUCCUACCAACAGGUCUAGAGAUGGAUCAGUCGGUUUAGGAUCAGGGAAGGUGCAUUCCCUCCCGCUGUCCUCUGUGUAUACGUGGGGAAGUGGAAUCUCAGCUCCUCUCCGCCUGCCGAUGCUCAACACUGAGGUGCUUCAGGUGUCUCUGGGCCGCACUCAGAGGAUGGGGGUGACUAAGUCAGGCCGUCUGAUUACAUGGGAGGCUCCAUCAGUGGGAUCAGGUGAGGCCAGUCUGCCCGGUGUGGUGGAGCAGAUGCAGCCUCAGUUCAUUUCACGUUUCCUUGAGGGUCAGUCUGGAGUCACCAUCAAGUCUGUGUCCUGUGGCGAUCUUUUUACCACUUGCAUGACAGACAGGGGCAUUAUCAUGACGUUUGGAAGUGGGAGUAACGGCUGUCUAGGACACGGCAACUUCAAUGAUGUAACACAGCCCAAAAUAGUUGAGGCGCUCCUCGGCUAUGAGCUGGUUCAGGUGUCGUGUGGUGCUUCCCAUGUACUCGCUGUGACCAAUGAAAGAGAAGUAUUUGCCUGGGGAAGAGGAGACAAUGGUCGCCUCGGGCUAGGCACCCAAGACACCCACAACUCUCCACAGCAGGUAUGUUUACCUGUGGAAUUUGAGGCCCAGAGGGUGGUGUGUGGAGUUGACUGCUCGAUGAUUAUCAGCACCCAGCACAGCAUUGUGGCAUGUGGAAGCAACAGGUUCAACAAGCUCGGGCUGGAUAAAAUAGCAAUUGGAGAGGAACCAAAUCCCUCACAUCAGGUGGAAGAAGUCCAUUCUUACGCUCCGGUCCAAUCAGCCCCGCUCAACAGUGAGAAGAUUGUUUACAUUGAUAUUGGGACAGCCCAUUCUGUUGCUGUAACAGAAAAGGGUCAGUGUUUUACCUUUGGCAGCAACCAGCAUGGCCAGAUGGGCUGUAGUUCACGUCGUAGCAGCCGCGUGCCCUACCCGGUGCCCGGGCUGCAGGGCAUCACCAUGGCUGCUUGUGGAGACGCUUUCACCUUAGCUAUUGGAUCUGAAGGUGAGGCGUACACCUGGGGAAAGGGGGCCCGCGGUCGCCUCGGAAGAAAAGAGGAGGAUUCUGGGAUACCGAAGGCGGUGCAGCUCGACGAAAGUCACCCAUUCGUGGUGACAUCAGUGGCUUGUUGUCAUGGAAACACUCUGCUGGCAGUGAAACCUUUGCUUGAGGAACCUGUCCCGAGAUGAUUUUGUCCUGAAAACAAACCCCCCUCAGCGCUGGCGAUGGAAUGAGGUGAAGGACAGCUUCCUCUGAAUAACUCCUCCCAGAGGCCCAUCUGUGCUGCAGUUGAAAGAUUCCCUUUCAUACUGCAGCUGCAGCCUCAGACUUUAACUUAGUCUUCCUCUAUCUAGUGUUUUUUUUUUUCCUCCUCCAGGAAUGAAUGUUUAUUUCAUUCGGUGGUUUGAUAUCAUGGAGGUCAAAACCUGUGUGUUGCAGCAGGUGUAUGUCACAACAGGUUAGUCUAGGGGAUGUUGCAACACAGUCACUGAAGCUGGAUUACAGGAAGUCAUUAGGCAGCUUUCAUGUGGUGAACUAUUGUCCUCUCUCACGUGCAGGGUUAGCAUGAUAAAGACCAGUAAAAGCCAAACUGGUUUGAGCUCUCUUAAGCCCACUGGUGAAUGACGAUACAAUGCACAGAGAGGAAAAGAAUGAAAGCCACUUGAGUGUUAAGUAACUCAUCAGUCAAAUGAACCAAACACAUUAAUCUCGAUCACAUCGUCAGUGGUCACAUUGUGCUUCAUUGGAUUAGUCCUCCAAUACUUUUGUUGCUUGAGAGCAGCGUUCAAACCAGAUAACGAUUUGUGUUGUUUAGGGUUCAGGUGAUCAUCUAAAUGAGUUGUGUCUUAAAUCACUCCCUUGUUCACACAUUCACUGCUCCCUAUAUAAUACACACUUAACAGUUUAUAACGAGCAGUGGGGUAAUUUCAGAGACAGCCUUUUGUGUUUUUGGAAGAUUCUGUGUUAUAACUCACUGUAAAUGUGUAUUAUAUUUGAAAUGAGAUUAUAUGUAUAAAUAUUGUGUAAACUGUAUUCAUAGGAUGACCUACGACUGCCAAAGCAAAAGCCAAAAUGUGCCUAUCAGAGUUGAAAGAAGGACUCAGGUCUUUUACUUAAGUAAAAGUAUAAAUAGCACAUAUAAUAGCACAAACAAUCCUGCAUUUAAAGUUUUACUUAAACCUACAAGGAGUUUUUAACUGGUUACCAUACAGUCCUAAUUUAAUACUGAUGCCCCUACGCGACCUACGUAAACAAUAAACAAACAAGACCAUCAGCGAAAAGACAGGUCCUUCGCGUAUUCUGCAUGUUUCGUAGUUUCUCCUUCGCGCUUGGAAGUGGAGGGUGAGGCGAGGGAGUUGCUAUCUGCAACUACACAGCUAGAUGCCACCAAAUCCUACACACUGGACCUUUAAGUAAAAGUACAAAAAACCUCCAAAUAUACCAAAAGUAGAAGUACUAGUGCAAAAUGGCCCCUUUCAGAAUAAGAUAUAUUAUAAUAAUAAUCGUAGUAUAGUAUUUACUAUAGUAAAGCUGGAGCUAAUUUAAAUUGCUGUGUACACUGCCAGGUGCCUUAAUCUAUAAUAAUGCAUUAUAAUGUGAUUGUUUAUAUUUUGUAUUGAUAAUCUUAAUAGUGUGUGGAGUAUAAGUAUAAAGUACCAUGUAAUGAAGUAAAUGUAUAUAGUUACUGCCACUGGUACCAAGGAGUGUAGUACAUCGUUAAUACAUAUUUUUAUAUUAACUUUUUUUACAAUAUUGUCAUCACCAGCUACCACGAUAUUUUCUGGUGUUAAAGCUUUUAUUGUCAAACUAAAAGAAGGAAUGAUCUUAACAGGUGUCUGUUGUACAGACUGAAAAUUAAACAUCUUUAUCAUGACUGUGAAGGUUAAAAUAAAUCAGGUUGUACGUCAGCAGUUUAAAAUGAACCUGUGGUAUAAAGUCUGACAGUCUGAUUACCUUUGUGUAAUUCUUCCCCAUUAUUCUCACAUUAAUCACCCACUCACACAUUAAUCUGUGUAAUUGCCACAGAGCUGUUAUUAUUGUUACACUGUAGAUUCAUAUUCAUUUUUCCCUAAUAAGAAAUCACCUAUUUUUCUAAAUGUAAUUACGUGUUUACAAUAUUUUACUCCUUAUUUAAGAUGCGUUCACACCUUUCUCUGAGGACACGGAUCGAUUACCAUUGUUGUCUCGUGUGAUGAUGUAAUGAUGAUGUAAUCCGGUGGCAAUAGAGCAGGUGAAAAAUGAUCCAUAUAUGUGUCUGUGUGUAGUAUUUCUACUUCCAUUAAACGAUGUAGACCCGAAGUUUGUUUGUUUGUUUAAUGAGUGUAAUACUGUAUGUGACGGGUUAUUUUUAUCAUGUAUUUAGAAACAUUUUAAGAUGAAAUAAAGGGAGAAAAUACUGUA